AGGAAGUCACAAGGCCAACAGGCCAACAGGCCAACAGACUGGACCAAAAGAACCAUAAUCGCCAAGCUCAACGAGCGACAGAUUUUGGAGCAUAAAUAGAAGUGACAACCCAACACGUUGGACUAACAUAGCAGACUAGGCAUUACCUGAGUUCGAAACUGAUUCAACCUGCGCCUUGCCUAUCCUACGGAGUCCUCGGACAGUACAUAUAAUUACGACAUGCAUCACGACGCCUCCACUGUUCUUCUGGCACUCAUUGCCCAAGGUUCCGCACGCGCUCUGCAAGCACGUGGCACCGCCUCUUAUGAUAUCGAGGUUCCUUCGACAGCCGCAGUGGUCUAUGAUUGGGACAGUCUGUAUAGCCAAGCUGCUCUGUACCCUGAUAGUACGCUGGAUCUGAAAUACGGUGGCUGGGUCAUCGAGGUCGAUGAUUCGAUUGUGCUGGCUAUUGACGACUCCUUUGUUCAAGAGCUCAGCGAUGCUGCCACAGCCCAGGACGACGACGAAGGGGAAUGCGAGAAUACGGAGGAAGGCGAUGCGGACGAGGUCUCGGCGCAACGCUGCAGCCAUCCAAAGUGCUUCAACACUGCCAAUUGUAGAACCUACACUGAUUGCCAUGUCUGCACUCGCCAAAGCUACCUGACCGGGGUAGGAUGGUGUAUCUAAGACACUUGCGAUAGUUACUCUUUCACAAUGUUACUUUAUACCGUGGCACUUCUGAGCAGUGUGUGCGCACCACAUGCAGUGAGGAGCAUGGCUGCGAUUGCUUGCCAAUGCCGCCUUGAGUCUUGACUCUUGACCCAAACGUCGAAUCACCUUACGACUGACUCAAAGGCGCACCGGCAAGGACCACUUUAGAAUGAAUAAAAAAUUCCCAUA